CGCAGCGCUCUCCGCUCGGCCCGCCCCUUCAGGGCCUCUUCCUCGGCCCGCCCCUCUCCACCCCGGCCAAUUAGGGAGAGGAGGCGGAGUCCUGCUUGCCGCGGUGCUCCCUGGGUAGCGUCCCUAGUUACUGUUGCUAAGGCUGCAGGUCUUCGGAGCCGGUGAGGGUCAGAAGUGGGAACCAGGACCUGAGAGGUCAAGGGUCGGUGCAGAGCCGGGGAGGAGAUGGUGAAUCAGCCGAUCCAGAUUUUCGCGAGGGUGAAGCCUCCUCUCCGGAAACACCAGCAAGGGAUUUAUUCCAUAGAUGAAGAUGAAAAAUUAACAGCUAGCUUGGAAAUUAUCUUACCACGUGAUUUGGCAGAUGGAUUUGUGAAUAAUAAACGAGAAAGCUACAAAUUUAAAUUUCAAAGGAUUUUUGAUCAGGAUGCAAACCAAGAGACCAUUUUUGUCAACAUUGCCAAACCAGUUGCUGAGAGUGUGCUGGCAGGUUACAAUGGUACCAUCUUUGCGUAUGGGCAGACCGGCAGUGGAAAGACGUUCACUAUCACGGGCGGGGCUGAGCGUUACAGCGACAGAGGCAUUAUCCCAAGGACACUGUCAUACAUCUUUGAGCAGUUACAAAAGGACAGCAGCAAAGUAUAUACAACACACAUUUCCUAUUUGGAAAUCUACAAUGAAUGUGGUUAUGAUCUGUUGGAUCCAAGACAUGAAGCCUCCAGUUUGGAAGAUUUGCCGAAAGUGACAAUAUUGGAGGACCCUGAUCAGAACAUUCACCUGAAAAACCUGUCUCUCCACCAGGCGACGACGGAGGAGGAAGCUCUGAAUUUGCUUUUCCUAGGGGACACUAACAGGAUGAUUGCAGAGACUCCUAUGAAUCAAGCUUCAACCCGUUCCCACUGCAUUUUCACUGUUCACUUGUCAAGCAAGGAACCAGGAUCUGCAACCGUCCGACAUGCCAAACUCCACUUGGUGGACCUGGCUGGUUCAGAGCGAGUGGCAAAGACUGGCGUCGGGGGGCAGCUUCUAACCGAGGCCAAGUACAUCAACCUGUCACUUCAUUACUUAGAACAGGUUAUCAUCGCCCUUUCGGAAAAACACCGUUCCCACAUCCCCUAUAGGAACUCCAUGAUGACCAGUGUCCUGAGAGACAGCCUGGGGGGAAACUGCAUGACGACCAUGAUCGCCACGCUCUCUCUAGAGAAAAGGAAUAUUGACGAAUCUAUAUCCACCUGCAGAUUUGCACAGCGCGUGGCACUUAUAAAGAAUGAAGCUGUUCUUAAUGAAGAAAUUGAUCCCAGAUUGAUGAUUAUACGCCUCCAAAAGGAAAUCCAGGAACUAAAGGAGGAACUGGCCCUUGUCACGGGGGAGCUGAGGACAGAGGCGCUCACGGAGGCGGAGCUCCACCAGCUGGAAAAACUAAUAGCAUCCUUUUUGGAAGACCAAGAUCCAGAGAGUAGACUAGAGGUUGGCGCCGAUAUGCGUAAAAUUCAUCACUGCUUUCAUCAUUUAAAGAAACUACUGAAUGACAAGAAGAUCCCUGAGAAGAGUACAGUCCCCGCUGUAAUCAAAAACCAAGACUGCCAAGAACCAGUACAGGAGGAAGAGUACCGGAAGCUCCGGGACAUACUGACACAGAGAGACAACGAGAUCAAUAUUCUGGUCAACAUGUUAAAAAAGGAAAAGAAGAAAGCUCAGGAUGCCCUCCAUCUAUCUGGCAUGAACGUAAGUGAACUCAGACACUCCAAGAGCUCACCUUUCCAACCCAGGAAGCCAGAGGAAGGUCAAAGGACGCUGCUGUCCUCAGCUCCCACUCAAGCCCAGGACUUCGGCACUUUUGGGUACAGAUCCAAUUUGCUCCACAAAAAAACAGGGAUGAGAGAGGAAAUGUCUUUAGGACGCCAGGAGGCUUUCGAAAUCUUCAAGAGGGACCACUCUGACAGCGUUACCCUGGAUGACAACAAGCAGAUUCUGAAACAGAGGUUUUCUGAAGCAAAGGCCCUGGGAGAAAGCAUCAAUGAAGCAAGACGUAAAAUUGGUCACCUGAAGGAAGAACUCACCCAGCGGCACAUCCAGCAAGUAGCGCUAGGCAUCUCGGAACACACGGCUGUGCCCCCGGUGCCGGACCCGCGGGAAGAGACGCUGCGCUCCCAGCUGGAGGAAGAAAAGACCAGGUACAAAACAAUGUUCACGCGCCUGAAAGCCCUGAAGGUGGAGAUCGAGCACCUGCAGCUGCUUAUGGACAAGGCCAAGGUGAAGCUGCAGAAACAGUUUGAAGCCUGGUGGGCAGAGGAGGCCAGCAGACUACAGGCAGAUUCGCCGGCAGUGAAUUCAGUGGAUCACGCGAAGCCGUGUCUGCAGGUGUCUGAACCCCAGCGCGAGCGGUCCUGCCUGCCCGUUGCCACCGCGAGUGUCGUCAGUGCCCGGAGGAUCGCGCCCUCACCCUGCGCCAGCCUGCACAGCCAGGAGCUGGGCGGCAGCAGCACCCCCGGAGAAGGCAGCACCCCCAGGAGACCGAUGUCAUCCAUCCCCCUCACCGGGGACAGCCAGACGGACUCGGACAUCCUGGCCUUCAUCAAGGCCAGGCAGAGCAUCCUGCAGAAGAAAUGUUUGGGAAGCAACUGAAUGUCGACAAGAGUCCAGCAGGGCUCUGCACCAACUGUGCCACUGCACUCCAGCUUCAGAAGUGGGCUAUGGGCUGCUGGCUGCCUGGAGAAGCUUGCAACCUUGACUCCAGGAGGGGUUUUGUUUCCUUAGGGAUGUUGUCCUGGAGGCCACCAGAGAGACUGAGCCAAGGCUGACCGCGACCUCCUUCCUGCGUUACCGGAGCUUUUGGCGGGGCCACGCAAUGCCAGGGUGCUGGGUGGGGGGAGGGGUGAGGGCUUUGGUUCCUGCUGCCAUGAUGUUUCACUUAGACAAUGAAAACCCUCUGAGGUUACAAACUUGACCCAUCACAGUGUCCCGACAGGGGAGCUCACACUGGUGGCAUGAAAGGGACAGUAACCAGCUCAUGUCUGGCUGUUUACUAGCCACCCCCGGCUACUCCCUGGUUCAGAAGCCCAGGACUGGCUGUGGGAGGCAAAAUGGGGAGACUUGAUGCCCCCCCCCGCCCCACUCCGCACAUCACCCUCGGCCUGGACAGCCUGCAGUGUUGGCCACACGUGAGCAAGCCAUGUCUCUAAGGGGCUGUUCUCCUGCACAGUCUGAGCCAUCGCAGCACCAGGGAGGGGUGCGUGGCUCCAUGAGCUCUGCAGAGAGCCUAGGAGAAGGCAGGGUGGCCCCGAGGGCCUCCCAGUCUGCACCCAGCCACUCGGGCUCUGCAGGAUUUGGGCUGAAACUCCUGUUCCCAAGUUAGCUGCCUGGGGGUGCACCGUGGAGUCCAGGGUGUGUCGGAUGUGUGUGUUGGCGGGGGCGGGGAUCCUCUCCUCUCAGUAAGCUCUCUGACACGCAGGCACUGGCUCAGGGACUCCACGCUGUGGCACAGGCCCUUGGAGAACCUCUGCCCGCCCCAGGGGCUGCAGCUGGGGAGGGGCAUGAAGGCAGGAGGGAGGGCACCUGGACACAAAGCCAACUCAAUAAAGCUCUGUUGCCUCUGUCGGUAAACACAGGCGUUGUGACCCUGCGGGCAGAGCAGAGAGAGGAUGUGGUGUCAGUGGCUGGUUGGUUGGUUUGUGUUUUUUGUUAGGGCUGAAGAAGAUAAAAAUCAUUGCAUUUCAGAGCGAGGCAGGUUCCUAAAGCUCCUAUAAUUGGGCACCCCUGCUUCGCUUCCUAACAUGAGAAAACCCAAGCAGAGGGGACAGCAGGCAGUGUCCCACCUCCCAGGGGCUUCGCCCAGCGCCGCAUCUCCUAGUUACUCUCUCCCAUCACCAUGUAUCUCCUGCAGCACUUCCUGACAUGUUCCCUUUCUCUACAUGCUUCUCUUCUUAAUUAAUGAGCCACAACACCCUUCCCCCAGCCCUUAAGACUAAAAGCUCAAGGCUGGCGCCGCGGCUCAAUAGGCUAAUCCUCCGCCUUGCAGCGCCGGCACACCGGGUUCUAGUCUCGGUCGGGGCGCCGGAUUCUGUCCCGGUUGCCCCUCUUCCAGGCCAGCUCUCUGCUGUGGCCUGGGAGUACAGUGGAGGAUGGCCCAAGUGCUUUGGCCCUGCACCCCAUGGGAGACCAGGAGAAGCACCUGGCUCCUGGCUUCAGAUCAGCGCAGUGUGCCAGCCACGGCUGCCAUUGGAGGGUGAACCAACAGCAAAUGAAGACUUUUCUCUCUGUCUCUCUCUCUCUUACUGUCCACUCUGCCUGUCAAAAAAAAAAAAAAAAAAAAAAACUAAAA